AAAGGCGGCAUAAGUGCUGUUACGGAUGUAAACAAAUAUCCUUGGCCGGACUAACUUAGCUGUAAAUUUGCUUCUGCCGCUAGUAAAUCACCGUAUGAAGCUCAGUGUUUUACUCGCAGCGCCUAGCCUCAGAUCGGUCCUUUCCGUUUCUUUAGCAGCUGUGUGGAAGCGUCGUUGUUGCCCAGUUCAGUUGGGUGGCGGUAGAGGCGGUGUAACGUUCAGGAUUGCACAAGCUGUUUUGUUGUCAGCCGGUGGAAGACAUGAGGAGCCUUUAGGUUAACACCUCUAGAGAAGACUUUACCCACAAGAAGCACACACACACACAAAAAAAAAACCUGAUCCAGAUGGAGGCUUCUCUUGAUUCAACGCGGAACACUAACUUUAGUUCUGUCCUGUCGUCAUGCGAGCCAGAGCUCCAGGAACUGAUGAAACAGAUCGACAUCAUGAUCAGCCACCAGAGGAGGGAGUGGCAGGUUGAGAAGCAUUUCCUGGAGGUCAGGGUGAAGAAUGGAGAGGAGGGCCUUCUAACCUCCAAAAACAUCAUUGAGCGGAGGGACCUGGAGAUUGGAGUACUUCAAAAACAGCUGGAAGAAAUCCUGAGAAGUCGCCAAGAGGCAGUUGCAAAGUACGAGCAACAGCUGCAGAAACUCCGAGAAGAGCUGGACCUUUUAAAGGGAAGUUACCAAAAACUCCAGCGCAAACAGCUCAAGCAGACAAGCGGAGGAGCAAAAGAGUCAGACCAGCUGAAGGAGUACCAGCGGCUCUCUGCGGAGUGGGAGCAGCAGCGGGCGCAGUACCAGAAGCAGCUCACCACCCUGGAGGCUGAGAAUAAGAGCCUGACUGAGGAGAUCUCGCACAUUAAGAGCGCACCGUGGCGGGUGGAGCAGGAGCACAUGGAGUGCUGCUCGGAGGUGCAGCAUCUGGGUGCUCUGCUGGAGAAGGCCCGCAGCAGCCUGCUGUCCCAGGAGCUGGAACUGGAGCGCCUGCGGCCCUGUGAGGCCCUGCUGGGAGCCUCACAGCCACAGCAGCUGCGGUCAGACGAACCGGACGCCUCGAGGGGAGCUGACCUGGAUCAGCAAAGACGUGGAAAUGAAGCCGUCAGACUCAGACAGUUGCUCCACGCUAAAGACCAAGUCAUCCGCUCUCUGGAGGACUGCCUGGCGGCUCAGGGCUGCACCGGCGUGGAGGUCAUCAGGAAGGACCUGGAGAAGAUGGCCGACAAGCUGCAGGGCGCUCGGGCCGGCGAGGCGAACCUCAGGUCGGAGGUGACAUGUCUGAAACAGAGAAUGGAGAGCAUGAGCCGACAGCUAAAGGAUCAAACAAAGGUGGAGAAAGAGCUGAGAAACGUAGCGGCAGACUUUGACAACUCUGUCGCUGAAAGCAAAAAGGUGAGCGUUCGUUCGUUCUUUCUGCUUUGUUUUCUUUUUUUCCCCACCGCCUCCGUGUGGAGUCGCCCCUCACAUGUCCGGAGUCGCCCUCCCCCCCCGCAGCUCCGGGAGGAGCUGGAGACUGCGCGGCAGACCCACAGCGCCGAGGUGGAGGGCGUGAGGAGGGAGGUGUCGAAGCUGACCGGCGAGCUGCACCAGCGCGACGUGUCCAUCUCGGCGCUCAGCGGCUCCUCGGCCAGCAUCCAGCAGCAGCUUCGCGGCGAGGUGCAGCGGGCGGCGGAGGCAGCCACGCAGCUCAAGAUGACUCAGGCGCAGCUAGAGACUCUGCAGGCCGAGAACGAGCAACUGAAAGGUCUGCUGCAGACGCUCCAGUCCCACUCUCCCAAGGGGGAUGAAUCCUCUGCUGCGUUACUGCAGCAGCGCUACUUGACCUCCAUAAGCAGCCUGGAAGAGGAGAACCGGCAGCUGAGGCAGGCGCUCGCCAAGCACCACGUGCAGCUGGACGCUCAGGAUGAAACGGGUCCGGAGAGGAACCAACACGUCGCGCUCAGCCACACCACGAUGACGGCGCAGGUGCAUCCUGGUCCGGAACGGACUCAGCCCGCUAGCUAUGACAGAAAGAUCCAGAAGAUCCAGAGGCUCUUUAAAGAGCUUCAGGACUUUCCAAAGUCUUCCAACGAGCCGCCUGGCAGAGAGCACAAAGACAGCCAGCUGCACUCCUCUUCAUCUUCCUCCUCUUCCACCAGCAGCCCCGGACUGAGCAGAGGAAGCUCAGCCACAGCCCUCACUCCACACAGACUUGCUGCUGAGGGCCAAAACUCUGGCCCUGAAAACUGUCUGACCUCCAGGUCCAGAGGUCCAGAGGAGGCGCUGUCCCCUACACGCAGUGCAGUGUCUCGUUUCCUGGCAGAGGAGAGCCUGUGGUCCAACGAGCUGCGACUGAAACUGGACAGCCACAUCCGCGGCAUGAAGGAGAACAACUUCAGGACGGUGUCCAGGUUCCUGGCGAGCGGCUCGGGAGCGCGCUCCGGCUCUGCGCCGUGACUCCGCCCUCCUGCCUUAACAUAGCUGAUAAACAGUACCAAACAGGUGUUUGUGACUCUGCUGAUUCGUUACUCAUCACCUGCUCAUGGUUUCACGAGUGUUGAACGCACCGUUUCCUAAUUUACUACACAUUUUGGCGUAUUGAAAAUCACAAGAUUGCUGACAUUUGCGUCACGUGACGGAAGCGUGUGUCACUUCUGACUUUGGACAGCUUGUCUGUUAGCGAUGAACGGCGUGGUCUUGGCAGGAUAUGUUGCCGUGACGUCCUCUCGUCCUGUCUCAUUUCUUUGAAUUCGUAUUUCAGGAUCAGCUGACCACCUUGUGAUGAACUCUCACUGCUCUCUGAGAGUCUUCGAGUUGUUGAAUAAUUGUUACCUAAACGAAUCAGAAAGUAGGUCACGCUGCUGGCAUUUGGAGUCACUUUAAGCACUGAGCAUGCUGAGGUGAGUAAAUAUGGGCAUCAAAUGGCAUUUAAUCAACCAGUAAUAUUACUGUGAAAACAUUGCACUGGGAUAUCAUAUAUUGUAUCGCAAAUGUUCAAUAUUAGUAUGACAAAUGCUAAUAUUGGCGUAGAUGUAUUGAUGUGCGAUGUUGCUAAGAUGAUGGGAUUUACUCGCUUCUCAUUUCUGAGACUUUGAACUCUCCUGAUUUGCCCUCUUUGUAGAAAUCCCUCUGGUCAGGAUCUUCAUUUCGGACCAUCAAUUCAGGUUUUCAUAAAUCAAAAUCCCGCUGUGCACGUGUAAAACGAUCGAGAUUUCUACAGUACGUCAAUCAGAUUUCUUGAGAACGUGUUCGGUGUCAUCUUUGGGAAAAGCUGAUCUUUUUGCCAGGCCUAUCUUGUGUUUCGAGGACAGUUGCUGUCCCCAGGUCCAACCGGCGUCACAGCCGCCCACUCUGCAGCUCGUCCAGCGCAGGAAUGUGCGCGCCAUGCCAACGCUGACAUAAAGCCUCCCCCUGCAGCCCGCUCCGUCCUCAUCAUUAGAAACCUGGUGGAAUGUUAAUGUCGACCAUGUGGACGGCUGAGAGGCCAGCGGAGCCGUAUCCAGAUGCAUUUUUAUAGCUUUGUUUUAAAUCAGAGACACAUUGGAAGAAUGGAAAUAAACUGAGGGGGGAAAAAAACAAACAAAGGAAAGGAAAAAAAAAAUGUGUUUUGCAUUUUUGUAUUACAGAGAAGUGGUGGUCGGCUGCUUGCCAGACCUCUGACUUUUCACUUUGAUAUGUGGUCAUGCUUGUUCUGUGAACACCCCCCCACCCCGGCUCAUACACACACAAACACACACACACACACACACCAACAAACAGCACUAAGACUGGCGAUGCAGGUAUUCCUCUGGUUCAGAGGUGCUAAAUGUGGAACUUGAGCACUACAUGCUAACUAGCAUGUGGGCUAAUUAGCAAAAACAUUAGACUUUGCUUCACAGUAAGGGGUCAUUGAACAAGCUGAGUUCUAAUGUUUAUGUCAUACUCUAUAAAGGCUACUUCAAAUCAAACCAAUGAAAUUUGAUUAAUUGAUUAAAUGAAUUUAUCGGUCAA